AUGUCUGAUAUCAAUGUGUGUCGCAUAUGCUUGUGUAAUAAAGACGUAAAAAUAUAUAGUUACGAUCGUUUUCAUUUAAAGCAAUAUUAUGAAGAAGUUUUAGGGAAAAAAAUAAAUAAGCAAGAUGGUCUGCCAAACUGCUUCUGUUAUGAAUGUGCUGGCAUGUUGUACAAGUUCCAUAAGUUCAAGGAAAAAUGUCACAGAGGCGAGCAUGCUCUUACUGAAUUAUUGUGGAAUGGACCUAUUACUCUAUUAUCUAUAUCUAAAAUAGACAGAGAGAGCAACAACUUAAAGUCUUCUAUAAACAUACUUUCUACAAACAAAAGAGUUAGGACUUACACAAUAAAGAGCAAAACAUUAAAGUUAUUCAAAAAAGAAAUCAAAAAUGUCGAACCGGAACUCAAAAUAGACUAUGAUAGUGAUUCUUCUGUGGACAGUAAAAACUUAGCAGAAAUAAAAAAUGAAAUAUUAUACGAAAAAGAAGAAUGCAAAAUGGCUGAAGAGAAGAUUAAUAAUGAUUUUGAAAAUGUAAUAACAGGUCUAGAAACUGAUGAUAUUUUCGAUGACAAUGAAGACAUAGAAGAAUCGAAACAAACAGAAGAAUUAAAUGACUUUAAAGAUAUAAAAGAAGAAUCUGCAACAGACAAUAAUAUUGACUUAGAGAACAAUUAUAAUACGGAAAUUGAAGAAAAUAAAAUAAUCCACAAAAGAAGGAAAGCAAAAAAGAAGAAUGUAGAAGUAAAAACUAAAAAAUUUGAGGUUUUAAGUACAGAAGAUAGUAAGUUAGAUCCCAAUCAUUGGUUAAAGAUUAAUUUAAGCGAAGAGGAGGCUUUAGAAGGCUUUACAGCGAGGGCAAAAGACCGCAAGUACUUGUCUGCGGCGUAUCAAUGUAAUGAUUGUUAUAAGGGAUUCUCUAAAGAGGAUAUGCUGAAUAGACAUUUUAAAUUAAGACAUUGUGAGUCUGUAGGGCCAAUAGUCUGUCGUUUCUGCCACAUGCGAUUCAAACGGAAAUGUUAUCUAACCAGGCAUAUUACGCAGCACUAUACUAAGUACAAAUGUCUACGGUGUGAUCUCAUAUGUCCUUUGAAGAACACAGCAUUGUUUCACAAUGAAUAUCACAAUGGUGUGAUCAGGAAAUGUAUGCAUUGCGGCGAAGAAUUCAGACAUUUAUCAACGUACUACACGCACCUGCGCACGCACCGCAGCGAGCACGUGUGUACUCUGUGCGGCGCCUCCUUCGUGAGUAACAACGGACUCAACAUGCACAAACGGACCAUGCACGUUACUACAGUCGUUAAUCGAGACGAAGAAGAGGUGAACACGUACUGUUCGCGGUGUGACAUCAGAUUUGAAACCCGGAAGGCGUAUGAAGAACAUUUGUAUCACUCAGCAAAACACACCGAAGGAUCCGAGGAUCUUGCUUGCGACAGCUCAGCUGUAUCAAUACCUAAAAGAAGGAAGAAGUUCUUUAGAAGGAAUCCACGGAAAAUGACACCCUGUAACAUUUGUAACAAAAACUUCCCAAGUUUAGCUGCGUACAUGAAGCAUCAUAGCGCUGAACAUAAGGACGAGCCUCUACCAACCAAAGAUGAAGAACGACACAUCUGCGAGAUAUGCGGCGCAUCGUUAGCGGCAAGUAGCGUAGCAAGUCAUCUAAACACACAUACGCGCGAGAAACUAUACACUUGCGCUAUAUGCCACACGCAGUUCAAUAGUAAAGGAAGCAUGAAUAGACAUCAACUGACCCACACCGGUGAAAAGCCAUACGAAUGUUCAAUGUGUCAGAAACGGUUCACGCAAAAAUCUAGUAUGCAACUGCAUUAUCGCACGUUCCAUCUGAAACAACCGUAUCCGAAGAGAAACAGAAGAAAAGUGCCAGUAAAUCAAUUAGACAUAGAAGAUUACAGAAUAAUCAAUGACGAUUCGGAAGAAAAUCAUAAAGUUGAUCGGUGGCGAUGA